ACUGGGGAAAACUGACCCUUUCACGUUCUCCAUUUUCUUUGAAAUCAGAGGUGGAGCAAAUACCCUACAAAAUCCUCCAAAAUCCUCCAAAUUCCAACAAUGGCGAUGAGCAAAAGUAAAUACCUACCCGAAGAACUCAUAAGUGAAAUAUUCUACCGCCUCCCUGUAAAGUCCAUUGGGCGGUGUAGGUGCCUAUCAAAGCACUGGCGCAAUUUUCUCUCAGACCCACAAUUCAUCAAACUUCACUUCAACCUCCACGCCCAUACACAAGAAGAGAAACUCAUUAUCGUCACUUGGCGUAGCGAACUUCAUACUAUCACGCUUAUCCACGACAUCCUCGAAAAUGAAUCCAUCGAUAGCAUUUCAACAAAGGUUAAUUUUCAGCACCUCACACAUAACUGGAUUUCUGUAGCUGGGUCUUGUAAUGGGUUGGUCUUAGUGAUUGAUAGGGAUAAUGUUCAAUUUUUGAUCAACCCAACUACCUUAGAAUACCAUAAAUUUCCUGUUUUUGAUUGGGCUCUUCCUCCGAAAACUAGCUGUUACAUGUAUGGUUUAGGGUAUGAUAUUGUUAGUGAUGAUUAUAAGGUGGUUUCUCUUUCCUAUCGUGAUACGAAUAAUGAAUUUAUGUCUAAUACUUAUGUGGAUUUGUACUCUGUGAGAAAGGGUCAUUGGGAGACACUUGGGGUUUCUCCUUAUGAUCAUUCACUUACUGACCGUGCUUCUGGGGUUUUGGUUAAUGGGGCUUUGCAUUGGUUGGCUUGUAGAACUGUUGAACAUUCAACUGCAAUUGCUGCUUUUGAUUUAAGUGUUGAUAAAUUCUUGGAGGUACCAGGACCUAUUGAUCUUCAGGAUAAUUGCUUUAUGUGUAAUCUUGCAACUCUUAAAGGGUGUCUUUGUAUAUCUACCAGUUUACCCCGAGACAUAAACACAGUUACAUUUUGGAUCAUGAAAGAGUAUGGGGUUAAGGAGUCUUGGACCAAAUUUGAGAUUAUAGAACCGAGUUUGGAUGAAUCUCUUAGUACGCUAUUGUGUUCCAUUACUGAUGAGGAUGAUGUUUUAUUGGAAGUCGACGAAGAAUGGGUUGUCUACAAUCUGAAAGAGAAUCGGCGUAAGGAUCUGUUGAUUGAUGUAAAUCCUGUUACGUAUGAAGCUCGAACUUUUGUUGACAGCCUUGUCUCUCCUUACUUUGGCAACGAAACUGAGGGUUCAUGUAUUGUGUGAUGCACAAGAUGAUGUAGUAUACAGGACCUAUUGAUCUUCAGGAUAAUUGCUUUAUGUGUAAUCUUGCCACUCUUAAAGGGUGUCUUUGUGUAUCUACCAGUUUACCCCGAGACAUAAACACAGUUACAUUUUGGAUCAUGAAAGAGUAUGGGGUUAAGGAGUCUUGGACCAAAUUUAAGAUUAUAGAACCGAGUUUGGAUGAUUCUCUUAGUACGCUACUGUGUUCCAUUACUGAUGAUGAUGAUGUUUUAUUGGAUGUCGACGAAGAAUGGGUUAUCUACAAUCUGAAGGAGAAUCGGCGUAAGGAUCUGUUGAUUGAUGUAAAUCCUAUUACGCAUGAAGCUCGAACUUUUGUUGAUAGCCUUGUCUCUCCUUACUUUGGCAACGAAACUGAGGGUUCAGGUAUUGUGUGAUGCACAAGAUGAUGAU